GCUCAGCAUAACUCAGCUGAACUCACAUCUCUCGUUAGAAUGUCCUACAACUGCUGCUCUGCAAACUUCUCCUCCCACUCCUUUGUGGGCUACCUGCACUACCCAAGCUCCCCCUGUGGCUCUUCCUUCCCCAGCAACCUGGUCUACAGCCCUGACCUCUGCUCUCCCAGCACCUGCCAGCUGGGCUCCUCUCUCUACAGUGACUUUCAGGAGAACUGCCAUGAGCCCACCAGCAUCCGGACAUCCUAUGUGGUGUCCAGUCCCUGCCAGACGUCCUGCUACUGCCCCAGGACCUCCUUGCUCUGCAGUCCCUGCCAGACGACUUACUCUGGAUCUCUGGGCUUUGGGUCCAGCAGCUGCCGCUCCCUGGGCUAUGGAUCCAGUGGCUUCAGACCCCUCAGUUAUCGAGGCUGUGGCUUUGGGUAUGGAUUCAGCCGCCCAACCUACUUGGCUUCUAGGAGCUGCCAGUCUUCUUGUUACAGACCAAUUUAUAGAUCAACCUUCUGUAGGUCAACUUGCUGAAUUUCGAGACCUUUGAAGCAAAAUGUCUUAGUCUCUACUUAGAGCUGCUAUCAUAGGCUUUUGCAGCAGUGUUAGCUAACUCCUCUCACCUUCAACUCUUCAUCUUUUCUCUGGCAUCUAGCACUGGCUUGGAAACUAGCUCUUUCAGACUGUGAAAUUAAUGAAUGGUCAAAAAAUAGAGUCAAAUGUCUGUAAUUUCGAAAUAAG